GUGUGACUGCGGAAACUAUCGAUGGAAGAAAAAUGAUUCCUUAUGCCACUUGUUUGUCUGACUCUGACUUCACCUUGACUAAAGCACAAUCGUCGGGGCAGAACAUGUUGAAGCUACGUAACACCUGGUCGGCGGUGGGCUAUAAUGCCGGUCCAAUCGCGAUUCGCUGUUUGUCAACAACGGCCAGCUGCAAGGAUUCUGAAUCAUGGUUCUCCAAGCUGCUGGUGCGGAAGAUCGAGCCAACGAAGGAGUCGCACAGUCGCAUGCUCAGUGAUAAGGAAAUCAUAUACGCGCUGCAUACGCAUAAUGUGCGCCCCGAUUCCAUGGGCGACUAUCUAAAUAAUUAUAAAAACACUGUGGGCCUAAUUAAUGAGAAGAAGACGAGCCUGUCAUGCAAAUUGGUUGCCUCAUGGACUGUCCAGGUGGGCGAUAUGGAUCAGUGUCUUCAUUUGUGGAAAUAUACCGGCGGCUUCGAGAAAAUCGACCAGGCCAAAGAGGAUCUGUGGCACGAUGAGGAGUAUCUGAAGCUAAUGAACGAGCGCUCGAAAUUCUUGCGAUCCCGUCACCUGCAAUACCUGUUGGCCUUCAGCUACUGGCCACAGAUCACCAGCCGAUCGGGCAAAAACAUCUACGAGAUGCGGCAAGUAGAAACAAUUGAUUCAUCUGUGCUGCCAUAG